AUGUGCUGCAUUGCGUUCACCUUCACACAUCCCGACGCUGCGCAUAUGUAUAGCCAACCGUUCGAUCGUAAUACCACGGGCUUGAUCGACACUCAUGCACAGCAGCGGCCUGACUCCGAGUCCGACAUGUCUCGAGCCACAAUUGACAUGAGCAACAGCGCGCCCCAAUGCUGCCAUUGUGGCUAUCGAGGUGCUCAUGCACCCAAUUGCCCAUUCCGAUGA